AGGAGAACCUUAAGGGAACUUUCUUUGAACAUUGUGUGUCAGCAGGGAAGUGUUGUGAUGGAGAUUAUGGGCCCCCGGGUUUUUGAGCUACGCCCCUGUCCAUUAGAAACAGAGUUUGAGGUUUCUAUAGCAACGUAUAAACACUCUCCUUCAGGGAGGAACAUGGAUCCUGGAAGAGGCCGCUGAGUGAAGGACAAGUUAAGCUAAAGAGCUUGCUAACAGUUUGUAGCCUUCAGUCGGUGAGUUUCACAGCUGCCAUGUCGCGGCAGAGAGAGGAUGAAGACGGGAAGGAUGUUAGGACAACAAGUCCACAUCUAGGUGGAGGUUCUGCGGAGGAGCCGCUAGAGAGUGACAUAGAACCGGGAAGUGAUAAAGACGAGGCGCAGCCUGAGUCCGAGGCUAACGGGACAAACACAGAUGUGACAAAUGAGGUGGAGGAAGCUGAAACUCAGACUGAUGUGACCGACGAUAGCACACAUGUUGGGGAGCCUCAGACUGAAAGUGAUGUGCUGAUGACAGCUGAAGAAGCUGAGACUCAGACAUCAGACAAUGUUGGAAACUCUACAGCCACAGUGAAAGUGCUGCUGGUGCCAGAGGGUCAUGUGAUGACAGUGGCGUUCGUCAUCGGUCUGAGCAUUCAGGAGCUGAAGGGUCAACUCGCCUCAGAGCUCAGAGUUCCUGUGGAGGUGCUGCAGCUCUCUCUGGACGGAAGGGUGCUAGAGGAGAAGCAGAGCCUGAUGGAACUCGGCGUCCAGCCUCACAGCGCCACUCGACUGGAGAUGAGCUCCACCGAUCCAACCGCACACCCGCUGCGCCCCCUUCGCCCCCCAGACCAUGACAACAUGCCAGACGUUAUCACUGUGCGAGUCCAAACUGAUGACGGAGCGCUCCAGGAGGUGGUGUUGGAGAUUGAGCGCUCUCGCCAGCAGAAGACCUUCUUGGGCGGCUACAGACACCGACUCACAGGGCAGGAGUACCAUCACGCUGCCGUCCAGACUCUGCCCAAGAGGAGACCUGACAGAGGGAUAGUCGUCUACAACCGUGACACCCAGACCCAGACAGGCAAGUCUCAUGGUCAGCAGACAUCGGUGAAUGUCUCCACCCAGACGACCAGGAUCGGCUGCUAUGUCUCCUGCAUGAACGACAAACUGGUCACCCCUGGCAACUAUGUCACCGCCUACGAGUACCACCAGAGGAGGCUGAAAGCUGUGAUCUGUCUGCAGUCGUACGCUCGGCGCUGGUUGGCCCAGAAGGUGGUGGAGCAGCUGAAGAUGGAUCGGGAUCGAAGGCUGGCCUGGCACGAGCUGCGAGAGAAGAGGAGGAGGCUAGAGAGGGAAGAGCAGUUGAGAGAACUCCACCAACGCUGGAUGCGACCACAGAAGAAGGAAGACUUAGAUCUGCUUUACCAGGCUCUGGAGGAUUGGAAGUGUGAACAGGAAGACAUGAUCAAUGAGACCAUGCAUGGAAGUGAGAGGAAGGCGGCACUCUGCUGGCUGCUGGAGCAGGAGGCCGAGUUAAUUGCCAGCAUCGGGCGUCAAAAAAUUGCUGUCCAGAACGACAACUACGACAGAGCCAUCAGGAACUUCCUGGACAAGUCUGCUGCUCCUCAUCAGUGGCGAGCAGCGGACGGACAAAUGAUCCAGAUGGACAAUCAACACACCAUCAGAGCCAGAGAGCUACGAGACCUGUACAACGACAUCAACCUUCCCGCGGAGAGCGAAGAGCAGAGACACCACAUUCUGAUGACACUCAAACACACAGUCAAGGAGCACGAGUGUCAACUCACCCGGGACAUCUGGCAGCUGAUUGACAGGGAAGUAGACCUGAUGAGUAAACGAGUUAAGUCGGCCAAGCUGGAGGGGCUGAGGAAAAGGAUCUGCACUCUGUUCCUCCAGUUCAUCAAAAAGCCAGCCUUUAACCCUGAGAUGGCCAAGCUGCUUAAGUUUCCCCAGAAAGCCUGCCAGGAGAAAACCCACAUACUCCGCUGCAUCAGCUGUCAUCGCUACAAAGGUUGUGCGCAGGUGAUCCUGGCUGCCAACGCCCGCCUUAGCGGCCGGUGCCAGGCCUGCGUUAGGCUUGACAACAUGGCUCGAUUGCACAGCGACUUGUCCUGCUACAGAAACAUCCUGAGCAGACUGAGAGACGACGAGCAGCAGCUCAACGAGAGUGCCAAGAUCCCCUUCCUGCUACAGGUGGAGGACGUGCAGCACAUGGUGGAGAAGGUCUGGACGUCCUGCUCGGCUCUAAAUGCCAGCAGUGAGCUCCAUGACCUGGUGUUUGUCCGCUGGGAGCGUGAAAAGGACUGGAGCCCAUGGAACUGCAUCCUCCUGGCAACAGAAGAGACCUCAGCUCACCUGGAAGUGCAAGACGUCCAGGGGGCAUACGCAGCAACGUUCAUCCACGGAAUUAAAUACAAACACAUGCUGGCUCAACGUUACUUCAGGCAGAACCCGGUCAUGUCUGAGUAUCUGGAUGUUCAGCCAGCUGAAACCCAGACCAACCAGCUCCACCCCAAGCUGAUAAUGACAGCUGAGCAAACAUCCGACUCAUCAGCCUCAUCUCCUUAAGAAACACUUCACCACACUGGGGUUUCUCUUUCAUUCACUACUCGUCUCUCUCGCUCUCUGUAAUGCUGCCUAAAUGAUUCUGUCCUCCACAAAAAAGGGUCCAACUUGCAGUGUUUUGGUGAACUUCAUCAGGCAGAUGGUCUGACAUUUAUCCAUUUUUUUAAUAAAAAUGAUAGAAAUCAAUGUCACAAUAGUCCAGUACCAAAUAGGACCAUAUUAUAAUAAUGAUUCCUACUAAAUACUGUCAGAGUGAAACAAUAAUCAAACUCCAUCAUAGUGACUUGUAGGAAAAAAAGACAAAUGAAAAU